AUGAGAAUGUCUUUUAGGUCCAUUUAUCAUAAAACCGAGAGUGACUUGCCCGGGAGGAUCGUCCCAAAACUACCCACAUUUUAUUCAGCGAAUCCUAAUCAUGAAGAUCGCAUCAACCGACUAGAAAGGCUUUUAAGGAAGUAUAUAAAGUUGCCUUCUCAAAAUAGUACUGAAGUACAGCAAACGAAGGCUCCGUGGAUUUCUUUUGACGAAUACGCCCUAAUAGGCGGUGGUACAAGAUUGAAACCUACCCAAUAUACUCAACUGCUAUACAUGUUGAAUAAAUUACACAACAUUGAUUCUCAGCUUACCAAUGAUGAAAUCACAUCCGAACUAUCCCAAUAUUAUAAGAAAAGUUCAAUUCUUCCAGAUGAUAUCAAAAUCAAAACUUUAGAUGAGUAUGGAAGAAGUAUGGCCAUUGGAAAAAGAAAAAGUUCCACUUCAAAGGUCUAUGUUGUUAGAGGCACGGGUGAGAUAUUGGUUAAUGGUCGACAAUUGAAUGAUUAUUUCCUUAAAAUGAAAGAUCGUGAAUCAAUUAUGUACCCCCUUCAAGUAAUUGAAUCAGUCGGAAAGUAUAAUAUUUUCGCGAUGACAUCUGGAGGUGGACCUACGGGUCAGGCUGAAUCAAUCAUGCACGCCAUUGCAAAGGCUUUGGUUGUAUUCAAUCCGUUAUUAAAGUCGAGAUUGCAUAAAGCUGGAGUUUUAACAAGAGAUUACAGGCAUGUUGAGAGAAAGAAGCCAGGAAAAAAGAAGGCAAGAAAAAUGCCAACCUGGGUUAAGAGAUAG